AUGUCUUUCACUAAAAUUGCUACUCUACUAGCUGUCGCUGCCGUCUCAACUCAAUUGGUUUCCGCUAUUGGUCAAUAUGAAAUUGUGGAAUUCAAUGCUAUCUUGGAAGACGUCAAGGCCAAUCUGCAACAAUACAUGUCUUUGGCAUAUAACGAUCCAAACUUUAGUCUGCCAACUGGUGUUUUGGAUGUUUACCAACAUAUGACUACUGCCACCGAUGAUUCUUACACUAGUUAUUUCACAGAAAUGGACUUUGCUCAAAUCAGUACUGCUAUGUUCCGUGUGCCAUGGUACUCUUCCAGACUAGAGCCUGAAAUCAUUUCUGCUUUAAAGAAUGCAGGUAUCACUAUCACUUCUUUAGGUCAAACUGUUGCCGAAUCUGACGCUGCCUCUACUUCGGCUUCCGAAUCAUCUGCUUCUUCUUCCGCUGCUUCUUCUGCUGCUUCUUCUUCCGCUGCUUCUUCUUCCGCUGCUUCUUCUGCUGCUUCUUCCGCUUCUUCUUCCAAAGCUUCUUCUUCCGCUGCUUCUUCUUCUGCUGCCUCUUCCAAGGCUUCUUCCUCUUCCGCAAAGGCCACCUCUUCAGCAGAAAAAUCCACUAAUGGUUCUUCUUCCACUACUUCCAAGAAUGCCGGUGCAGCUUUGGACAUGGGUUUCUUCUCCGCUGGUGUUGGUGCUGCUAUUGCUGGUGCUGCCGCUAUGCUAUUAUGA